GCAUGCAGCAAAUGAUCAAGAAAGUGGUGAAAACAGUUAUCUUCAUGUGGGGGAACUAUACAUGUACACAUAUGUUUGUAAUUUCUUUAUUUUGGAGUAGGCGGAGAGCCUUUUCCACUGUAUGUCUUUGGAAUCAUCGGUGGAGGAAUUCUAGCUGUUGUUGCUACUUGGUGUAUUUCGAAGAAAUUCGGAUGCAGUUUCAAGUCAAGUUCCCCAUCUCUUGAUGUAGAAAGAGAUGGCCUCAUAGAAUGUUACUUGGAAGUGUCUGGCAUUACCCAGCAAAGCAUCUCAGUCAAGGCCAAGAAUCCAAGCCAGAAAUUCAAUGGCAAGAAGAUGAAGUUUUCUUGUCAGAAAGCAGACAGUUCACAGGAUCCUCUUCAGAAGUGGUCUAGUGCAAGGACGUGGAACAUCGAUGUCAUCUUGCAACACACGUUUGAAGAGCUUCUCCCGGGCGUGAAUUACGUCAUCUCACUUCAUCAACACAGACAUGUGCAGCAUGCGGUGAGAACGCAAGACGCCACCACAUAUUAUCCACUGUCAGUCGAUGUGAGUGGCACAUCUGCCACCAUCAGUGGUCUGAAUCAGCUUCACAUCAAUGCUGUACAAGUCUGCCCGUGCCUGAUGCUGCCUAGGUGUAAGAACUGGAUUAACAUCUCUCCAGGACAGAAUGAGUUGGUAAUCUCCGACAUACCUCCAGGCAUUGAGUACUUUGUGAAAGCUGGAACUGUAGACAGUGAGCAGCUACCAUCUCGACAGAAAUUCAGAUGUAAAGUAGAGGGGAAACUACAUGUAGAUGUACAAGAAAUCACACAGGACCACAGGACAAGCAACUGCGUAACUUUCGAAGAAGCUCUCAAAUCUGUUGAUCUGAAAAAGUCCCUACAAGUCGAGUUUGAUUCUACGAGAGAUAAUCCGCAUCUGCCUGAAAUGGUCGCCCAGGCAUUGGGAUUGGAUGGAGAUGAUCGUAGAAUCAUCACAGGUGCCAGUAGUGAGCACGUUGAGAAACUCGAUCAAAUCCUGACCAGCAGGGACAAUGACACCCAAGUUCACGACCUAAUAGAGCGCCUUCUACUCAUGGAGCAGAGGAGUGAUACGGAGAUGAGGCCAAGGAAAGAAGCAGAGGCGUUCUUAAUCAAAGUGGUUGGACACACAUGGACCCGCUUCCAUUGCCUUGAGUGCAUUCGUCUGCUUCACCAAGAACAUAGCGUUUAGCAUUGUCAAUCUGCAAACACGGUAAAACGUCACAUGCUUAACCCUAACUCCCUAGGCAUUUUGCUAGGAUGCAACCUGAAUUUCGCAAAAGGGCAAU